UUCCCGCUUGGGAACAGCGAGGGCGACGGGUGGGCUGACGCUGUCUGCCUGCUCGUGUAUGACCGGUCCUUAGGACCCAGGGCGUCCCCUUUGUUCCCCGCGGGCGCGGGCCCGACUGAGUGGGGGAGGGGCGGGGAAGGGCGGGGCCGGCCCCGCGCGCGCCGCCGAGAGGCAGGGCCCCCUGGCCCCCGCCCCUUCCCACGCGCCAGCCCCGUCGCCCCCGCGCGCGCACACUCGCGAGCCCAGGCGACAUGCAAAUGAGCCUGGCUCCAGUGCCCAGACCCAAGUCCCCCACUGCUCAAUGGACACCCCCAGCCCAGACCCGUUGCCUUCGCCUUUGCCUGGGGAGGAAGAGAAACCUCUGGCCUUACCUUCUGUUCCCCGGGGCCGCCGAGGCCGGCGUCCCGGGGGUGCCGCCUCCUCGAAUCGGACGCUCAAGGCCUCCCUCCCUCGCAAGCGGGGCCGCCCCCCCAAGUCAGGGCAGGAGCCCCCGCUGGCACAGGGGGUGACAGCACAGGUGGGCAGCGGUGGUGGCAGCGGCCUCCUGCUGAUCGAUGAUCAGGGCGUGCCCUAUACUGUCUCUGAAGGGUCAGCGGCAGGCUCGCCCGAGGGCUCUGGCUCUAAGAAGGCCCCUCACUUCUGCCCCGUGUGCCUGCGGGCCUUCCCCUACCUCUCCGACCUGGAGCGCCACAGCAUCUCGCACUCGGAGCUGAAGCCGCACGAGUGCAAGGAUUGUGGCAAGACCUUCAAGCGGUCCAGCCACCUGCGGCGGCACUGCAACAUCCAUGCGGGCCUGCGGCCCUUCCGCUGCCCACUCUGCCCUCGCCGCUUCCGUGAGGCGGGCGAGCUGGCCCACCACCACCGCGUGCACUCCGGGGAGCGACCCUACCAGUGCCCCGUCUGCCGGCUGCGCUUCACAGAGGCCAACACGCUCCGGCGCCAUGCCAAACGCAAGCACCCCGAGGCCAUGGGGGCACCCCUGUGUUCCCCGGACCCAGGGCCCGAACCACCGUGGGACGACGAGGGCAUUCCGGCCAUGGCAGGGGCUGAGGCGGAGGAGGAGCCGGAGGGGAAAGAGCUGGCCUGACUCACACCCCCGGCCAGGUUUAGAGCUGGGAGUUCAGCUGGUGCUGGGUCUGGGCAGGGAGGUCGGGACAUCCUCAUAUCUGGUGGUCUUCCUGCUGUGGGAGGGUCUAGAGGAUGAGGACUUAAAAUUAUGGAUCCUGCUGCCUUCUGCCAUCCUCCCCAGGACUGACAGGCCCUUGGAGGCAGGGGCCUUGGAAAUAAAUCUCUGCCGACAGC